CAGCAUCAUGAACAUCUUACUUGUAGCUUCUUUAACACUCUUGAGCUUCAUUGCUUCGGAGGCCAAUCCAUUGCUAGGAAUUGGAAGACCUGGUGGACUUCUUGGAACAGGUCUUUUAAGCGGAGGUCAUAGCAAUGGACGCAACUCUGGUAACGUCGGUCGUAUCAAUGGCCAUGGUUACUAUGGUGGCAUCCCCAGCACUGCCAGUAGCGACCACCGUGAUGUCACCAGUAACAGUCGCUAUGUUAACAACAACGGCGUAACUGAAACAAAAGGGAAUAAUAAUGGUGAUAGCGCUCGUAACAGCGGAUAUAGUAGCCAGAGCCAGAAUACGCAGAACAAAGGAGAUGGUCAAAAUAAGCACGGUGUCAACGGUGCUGUUGCUGGAAACAGCAAGAGUGAUAAGAGCAGAGAUACAACUGGCAAUAGUAACAAUGGUGUCAGUGACGCUAGUAGUAACGACGCUAAUAGUAAAACUAGUAGUAAUAGUGAAAUUAAUCGCAAUUUGAACAAGAACAGCGGAGUUGGUCAAAAUAGGCGUGGCAACAACGGCGGCGUUGUUGGAAACAAUGGCAAGGAUAACAAGAGCAGUGGUGCUGCACGUAACACACGCUACAAUAGUAACUAUGGCGACAGUGAGCAUAGUACUCAAGACGCUAGUACUAGUACUGAUAGUGAAAGCGAUUGGGACAACUACAGCGAAAUUGAUAACAACGGUAGCGUUGCUGGAAACGAUGACAAGAGUAACAAGAACAGUGGUGCUGCACGCAAUGACAAUAGUAACUAUGGCGACAGUGAGCAUAGUACUCAAGACGCUAGUACUAGUACUGAUAGUGAAAGCGAUUGGGACAACUACAGCGAAAUUGAUAACAACGGUAGCGUUGCUGGAAACGAUGACAAGAGUAACAAGAACAGUGGUGCUGCACGCAAUGACAAUAGUAACUAUGGCGACAGUGAGCAUAGUACUCAAGACGCUAGUACUAGUACUGAUAGUGAAAGCGAUUGGGACAACUACAGCGAAAUUGAUAACAACGGUAGCGUUGCUGGAAACGAUGACAAGAGUAACAAGAACAGUGGUGCUGCACGCAAUGACAAUAGUAACUAUGGCGACAGUGAGCAUAGUACUCAAGACGCUAGUACUAGUACUGAUAGUGAAAGCGAUUGGGACAACUACAGCGAAAUUGAUAACAACGGUAGCGUUGCUGGAAACGAUGACAAGAGUAACAAGAACAGUGGUGCUGCACGCAAUGACAAUAGUAACUAUGGCGACAGUGAGCAUAGUACUCAAGACGCUAGUACUAGUACUGAUAGUGAAAGCGAUUGGGACAACUACAGCGAAAUUGAUAACAACGGUAGCGUUGCUGGAAACGAUGACAAGAGUAACAAGAACAGUGGUGCUGCACGCAAUGACAAUAGUAACUAUGGCGACAGUGAGCAUAGUACUCAAGACGCUAGUACUAGUACUGAUAGUGAAAGCGAUUGGGACAACUACAGCGAAAUUGAUAACAACGGUGACGUUGCUGAAUACAAUGCCAAUAUUGCCGACAGUGGUGGAAAUUAUAACAAUGGCUAUGAUAACGAAGGUGGUAGUGCAGUGAACGAUGAUGACAGGGGUGGAAAUGAUGGCAAUGGCUAUGAUAACGGAGGUGGUACUGCUGUGAACGAUGAUAACAGGGGUGAAAAUGAUAACAAUGUUUAUCAUAACAACGAUGGCGCCGCAACAAACAAUGACAACAGCUGUGGAAAUGGUAACUGUUUCAGCAAUUUUAUUCUUGACCCAACGGAACUAAAAGGAUACAGGUGGGGACCGUAA